UUCCGCCCAGAUGAAAAAAUAGAUAAGCAAAUUAGCAAAUUGUGUUCCGUAAUUCCAUUGUAAUUUAGAAAAUGGUUUUGUUGAUUCAAUCGAAUAUUGUUCGUCGAUCGGCGAUACAAAUUGCCUCUGCUCUCCGUCAGCUCCACCGCACGAUUGAUCUUGCUUGUUGUGAGGGAGUGAGAGCGAGAGUGAGAUUUUUGUCGACCAUUGAUGAUGCUGCCGAAAAACAGAGUCAUGAGAAGGUGUCGAAUAAACCAUCAAUAUGCACCGCCGACGAGCUUCAUUAUGUCUCCCUUAGUACUUGUGAUUGGAGACUUGCUCUCUGGCGCUACCUUCCUCCUCCGCAGGCUCCAAGGAGAAAUCACCCGCUUCUUCUCUUGUCUGGCAUAGGGACUAAUGCUAUUGGAUAUGAUCUUUCGCCUCAGUCAUCAUUUGCUCGGUACAUGUGUAAUCAAGGAUUUGAUACGUGGAUUCUUGAAGUCCGUGGAACUGGGUUGAGCGUGCGGGAACCAGAUCCUAAAAACAUUGAGAAAUCUGCACACACAGCAUCUAAUGAGAUGGAAAAUGCUAAUGACAGAGGUCUUUCUGCAGCACAGCAGUCAACAAAGGUCCAGGGUGCCUCAGAAAAGGACCAUGCUGCCUUGGUCCAUGAAGAGCCCACUGUGGUUUCAACAAUAUGGAAUGAGUCAAGACUGGUGACCAAACUUACAGAAACUUUUAUACGCUUGUCAGAGAGAGUCUCUGGCUUUGUCAGUGGACAUUGGUCGAAGAUUGUCUUUCCUAAACUUGUUCGUCGAAUAUUAAAACGAUUGGAGGAUUCUUUUCCUUACAAACGGGUCAACAGAAUAAGGAAGAAAUUGUUAAGUCUGCUAGAGAUGAAGGAGAACUCAGCUGUCAUUGAUAGCCAAGUUGGGGCACUGAGCAAGAAGCUAGUAAAUAUCUUUGAAGAAGGUCAUCGUUCUGUUUCAUCCCCAUUAUUUGAUCUACAACAAUGGUUGACAACUACAGUAGGAGAUUUUCAGGAACAGCUUGACUUAAUCCUCAAGUAUGAUUGGGACUUUGAUACUUACCUGGAAGAGGAUGUCCCUGCUGCGAUGGAAUAUAUAAAGGCCCAAACUAGACCAAAGGACGGCAAACUACUCGCAAUUGGACAUUCUAUGGGAGGAAUAUUACUGUAUGCCAGGCUAUCACGGUGUGGUUUGGAAGGAAGAAAGCCUGGAUUAGCUGCUAUUGUUACUUUGGCUUCAUCACUUGAUUACACAUCAUCAAAGUCCGCACUCAAACUGCUUGUACCACUUGCUGAUCCUGCUCAGGUUCUCAAUGUUCCUGUCAUUCCUCUAGGGACAUUGGUGGCUGCUGCUUAUCCUCUAACAUCUCGCGCUCCUUAUGCCUUGGCUUGGCUUAAUGAAAUGAUAUCUGCCACAGACAUGAUGCAUCCAGACCAGAUGAAAAAACUUGUAGGGAGCAGCUUUUGUAAUAUUCCUGCUAAGCUUCUUUUGCAGAUGACUACGGCUUUUCAAGAGCGAGGGCUCCGUGAUAGAAGUGGUAAAAUCUUCUACAAGGAUCACCUUCAUAAAAGUAGGGUACCUGUCUUUGCUCUUGCAGGAGAUCUAGACCAAAUCUGUCCCCCAGAAGCUGUAUAUGAAACAGUGAAGCUUAUCCCUGAGAACUUAGUGAAGUACAAAGUAUUUGGCGAUGCUGAUGGUCCACAUUAUGCUCAUUAUGACUUGGUGUGUGGACGAAUGGCUGCAGAGCGAUUGUAUCCUCGCAUAGUCAAAUAUUUAAGCCGAUAUGAUCGGACCAGCUAGGAGAUGGAUAUGCAUUGACAAUCAUGCUUCAGAUGCUGAGCUUCAUAUCAGUUGGCAUAUCAUUUACGCAUCUCAUGCUUGUUUAUCAUCACUACUCGUAUCCGAUGAUGCUAUAAACAAG